AUGUCUGAUAUCGAAACUCAAGAAGAUAAUCCUCUAAGUACUAAAUUUACCCUUGGGCAAUCAAUCUUUAAUUUUUGCAAUGUUUUGAUGGGAGUCGGAAUCCUUUCAUUACCUCUCGCAUUGAAAUAUACAGGAUGGAUUAUUGGAUUAUCACUAUUAUUUUUCUGUAUGGCAACUACAAAUUACGCAGCAAAGUUAUUGGUAAAAUGUUUAAAUUAUAAAGAAGGAAUUUAUACAUAUCCUGACAUAGAGCUAAUCGCAAUAGCAAUUUCCUUGGUAAUCCUUAUUGGUGACUCUUUACAAAUAUUAUUUCCUGAUAUAUCUAUUGUAUAUCUAAAAAUUAUUGCUUGGAUGAUAUUAGUACCAUUAUCAUUAAUUGAUAUUAGAUCUCUCUCAUAUUUUUCAUUACUUGGAAUAUUAUCAGCAAUAUUUUUAACAUUUGUAGUAAUAAUUAAUGGGUUUACAACAUUUGAACAACCUGGAAGUUUAUUCAAUCCUAUGAACACUGAAUUAUGGCCUACCGAUUUGAACACUUUACCUCUGAGCUUUGGAUUAAUAAUAGCCGGAUUUUCAGGACAUUCUAUAUUUCCUUCAAUAUAUCUAAAUAUGAAAACACCUAGUAAAUAUUUGAAAGCAAUAAAUAUCUCGUAUACCAUUAGUACUGUUGUUUAUCUUUUAAUAGCUGUGUGUGGCUACUUAAUGUUUGGAAAUCUGACAAAACCAGAGAUAACACAAAACAUAAUGUCUACACCUAAUCAGUUGAUACUACUAAAUCAGUUUAUAGUAUGGCUCGUAGCGAUUAAUCCAUUCACAAAGGUCGUGCUCACGUUAGACCCAAUAAAUUUAUACCUAGAAAUACAUUACCUUUCAAAAUUUCGCAAAGGAACUUACCCAUGUUAUAAUUUUUUCUUAUUCAUACGUUUCUUGUCGCGUACAUCAGUAUCAACUGUGAUUGUAUUCAUAGCAAUCAUGUAUCCAGAUUUUGAUAGG